UUCACAUCGCUGGUUUGACGUUCUUUUCCAAUUUUGACGUUACCGAAUCCAGCGUUUCUCCUCGAUUUUUCACCAAAUAAAAACCUAAUCGACAUGGCAUUCGGAGAUUUGAGCACCGAAAAGGGCGUGAAAGAACUCAACGCUUUCAUCGAGGACAAGAGCUACGUGAGCGGCUUCGCCCUGAGCCAAGCCGACAUCGACGCCUUGGGCAAGCUAACCAAACCGCCGGCGGCCAAUCUGCCUCACGCCCUGCGCUGGUACAACCACGUCAAAUCCUUCACCGGCGACGAACUCAAAGCACUGGGGCUCUCCGGAGCGAGCCCGCUCAAAGCCGGCGCCGCCACCACCACCGCCGCCGACGACGAUGACGACGUCGAUUUGUUCGCCUCCGACGAAGAGACCGAAGAGGCGGCGAAGAUCAGAGAGGAGCGCCUCAAGGCGUACGCCGACAAGAAAUCCAAGAAGCCCGAGCUGAUAGCCAAGUCGAGCAUCGUGUUGGACGUGAAGCCCUGGGACGACGAGACCGAUAUGAAGGAGCUGGAGAAGGCGGCGAGAUCGGUGGAAAUGGAGGGGCUCGUGUGGGGCGCGUCCAAGCUGGUGCCCGUCGGAUAUGGAAUCAACAAAUUGCAGAUCAUGUGCGUGGUCGAAGACGCCAAAGUGUCUGUGGACGAAUUGGUGGAGAAGAUUCAAGAGUUUGAGGAUUUCGUUCAAUCGGUCGAUAUAGCUGCCUUUAACAAAAUCUAAAUCGUUUGAUGUACGUUAAGUUUGUAUAUUACUAUUAAAGUGUUGUAUACGAUUUAUAUAACAGUGUUUUUUUCGUUGUGUGUUUGAUAUAAAUGUUAAUGUACAAUUGAAACAACUUAUGAGACAAUUAAUAAUGAAAUGUCAGGUGUCAAUUAUGGAGA